AUGACCGGCCGGGACGCGCUUUCCGACGGGCGUGCCAGGAGCAGGGCACUGGUGCCCGGAGGCCCGCCCACCGGCUCGCGCCCCCGGGGCUUUGCCAUCACCGACCUGCUGGGCCUGGAGGCUGAGCUGCCCGCACCUGCUGGCCCCGGGCCGGGAUCCGGCUGCGAAGGCCCCGCGGCCGCGCCCUGCGCGGGUCCAGGGCUCUGGGGCUCCUGCCUGGCGCGCGGGGCCCUCCCGCUGGGGCUCGGCCUCCUCUGCGGCUUCGGCGCGCAGCCCCCUGCGGCCGCCCGGGCCCCCUGCCUGCUCCUCGCAGACGUGCCCUUCCUGCCGCCCGAGGGGCCUGAGCCCAGCGCCCCGCAAGUCCCCGGACGCCCGCCGACCCCGGCCGCCCGCCAGAAGCGCAGCGAGAGCGUCUCGACGUCCGAUGAGGACAGCCCAUCUGAAGACAGGAGUGACCUGAAGGCGUCCCCCGCCCCCGGCAAGAGGAAGAAGCGGAGGCAUAGGACCGUCUUCACUGCCCACCAGCUGGAAGAGCUGGAGAAGGCCUUCAGCGAGGCCCACUACCCUGAUGUGUACGCCCGGGAAAUGCUGGCCGUGAAGACCGAACUCCCCGAAGACCGAAUACAGGUCUGGUUUCAAAACCGGCGGGCCAAGUGGCGGAAGCGGGAGAAGCGCUGGGACGGCAGCAGCGUGAUGGCUGAGUACGGGCUCUACGGGGCGAUGGUGCGACACUGCAUCCCGCUGCCCGACUCAGUCCUCGGCUCCGCGGAGGGCGGCCUGCUGGGCUCCUGUGUGCCCUGGCUUCUGGGGAUGCAUAAAAAAUCCACAGGGAUGAUAAGGAAAGCAGAAAGUGAAGAAAAGCUGGCAGGACUCUGGGGCUCUGACCAUCUCAAGGAAGGUUCUAGCCCACAUCAGGCAGGACCCCAGAGGGGCUUGGAGGAAGGCAGCCCUGAGAGCGGCUUGGAAGACGUGGCCAUUGAUCUCUCCAGCACCACACGUCAGGAGACCAAGAGAGCGCAGCAGGGGUCUGGUGCCCAAGGAUGUUCAGACUCUGAGGGGCUAGAGGGGCUCCAGCCAGGGAAGGAGGGGGCCUUAUGA